GUCGCGACUCGAGUGCCAAGCGGCCAUGCGCUGCCGAACAACCGUGUCUGCUAUGAUAGUGGCCAGCGUUGACUGCUACGUCUAACUCUUGAAUAUCAUGCCCAAAGGCUCUGCGACACCUUGGUCUUACUUCCUUAUACGACUGCUUUUCAAGUUCGUACUGAAGAUCUUCUACGGUACCAUUGUAGUAGAGGGUACAGAGAACAUCCCUGAGAAGGGGAAACCAUGUAUAGUAUGCGCGAACCACAGUAAUUCUCUCACAGAUGCUUUACUUCUCGUGGCUUCGAUACCAUGGAAGAGACGCAACAUGUUAAGGCUGACUGCGAAGUCCACUCAAUUUGGCAAGAAAACCUUCACCAGUUGGCUCAUUGAGUCUGCUGGGACUGUACCGCUACAACGACGGAAGGACUUUGAGGAUGGUCGUGUAGACAAUACCGAAGUCCUCUUGAAACUCAUGGAAGCACUGGAUAUGGGCGAUGCUGUGUGCUUGUUUCCAGAAGGGAUGAGUCGAUAUCAUCCAUCGCUAGCGCCUCUGAAGACAGGAGUUGCCCGCAUUGUUUCGGAUGUUCUCACUCGCCAUCGAGACGAUCCCAACUUUGAAAUGUCCGUCUUGACGUGCUCAAUCACGUACAUGCAUCGCCAACAUUUCCGUUCAGACGUCCUGGUGACUUUCCAUCCCCCGAUGAAGUUCACCCCAAAGAAUAAUCCAGAACUCUUGGCUCCAACUGACUACAACAAUAUUCGUGCGCUGACUGCUCGUAUACACCAACAAAUAAGCUCGGGGACGCUUGAUGCCCCUUCAUGGAGACUGAUCCGUAUAGCCAAGCUAGCGGCAAGGAUGUACGCCCCUAUAGGGACGCAGAUGAGCCUAGGAGAUUACGUUAGGAUAGUACGAACAUUCCUGCAAGCCUUCAAACUUGCGGAGGCGUCCCUGACAAGCAGUGGUACUGAUGGAGAAGACGAGGGACGGGCAGAAGAUAGCGAGAUUUUGAAGUUGGGUAUUGACUUGCAGGGUUACCAAGACCAGCUAGUACGAUGCGGUAUCAAAGAUGACCGCGUCAGAAAACCAUUACCGAGGCAGACAAUUGUCUACAGAAUCAUCAUUCGACUGGCUUGGUCUGUCUUCCUCUUCUCCAUAUCCAUUCCAGGCCUUCUACUUUGGGUGCCCGUAUUCAUCACCACGUUCAUCGCUGUUCGCACGUUCAAGCGAACGGGACCGGUUUGGGAUACCUACGACGAAAUCGCCCAAUACAAACUAGUAUACGGUUUUGUAUCCGGACUUUGCGUCUGGCUCGGAUCCAUGCUACUCACGCUACCUAUUGCGCCUAUCACAGCGAUUCUCGUGCCAGUUGCCAUGUGGAUGUCCCUACGGUGGCUUGAGGAUGCCAUCUCAGCAUUUCGAGCAUUCACUGCGUUGUCGCGUUUGCUUUUAGUUGGAGAUGCACGCUUGGAAGAGAUGAGAAAGACGCGCGCCGACCUUCAUGCCCGAGUGCUCCACCUUGCGGUGAAUACCCUUGGCCUGCCUGAUGCUCCUGAGAAGCAUUUCGCUGAAGUUGGCGGUCGGCAGAAAGGUCGAGUUCGUGGAAGGUGGGCCAACAGUGCCAAGUACUUCUCAGUUCGAAGACGGAGAAAACGUGACUGGAACGAGACGUUGCGCUUGUACGAUAAAGUGGACUAUCCAGGGGACGAAUACUGAUUUUGAAGCCGAUCCAUGAAAGUACAGCAUGCCAAAUGUAAAGAAAUACAGUAUUAAUACAGAUCUCCCGAAAAUAAGCGUCUAUAAGGGUGAAGGAAAUGAAACAUAGGAGUGCGCCGAAGGGGAA